AUGGAGACCAUCAUUGAGAGGCUGGAACAUACUCGCUUAAAUGAUGAGCCAGAGGUAGGGCAGUUACUAUUCAAGCCCCCAUUGCAUAGCGGACUAGCAGCAACGGCCUUAGAUGAUAUACCACGUUAUCUUUUCCGUGUUGUUACUCCUUAUUCCGACGGUACAGCGGAUGAGACGUGGGUGCGCUCACAGUCAGCCUCCCAGAACAAAGCUUCUUCCGUGGAAGAUAUAUUCCACAAAUUGGAUCUUGAGAAACGAAUGAUAGUAGCUCAGACACUCAACUUGCAUCUUCGAUGGUGGCCGAAGGGUGACUUGGAUGACAACUUUGUUUCCUGGACCAGCUCGUUACUCUUCGCGAUUCGAUAUAUCUUCUACCGGCAUCUCAGCACUGAAGAUGAAUCGAGAUGGGAAGACAUUAAGCUAUAUGUCAUAGAUACAGCACAGUUUCCCAAAGGAACAUUCCUUGCGGACGUGGAUUUGAUCCAAGCAUUUUGUGAAUACGACACUACGCCUGGAAAAAAUCUGGGAAGUCUCAAAUCCCUGCGCAAAAAGGAAGGCUAUUACUUUGGGGAAUAUCUCUCACAAGGGUCUCUGAAGAUCGAAAACAAAUUUGUGGUGAUUCCCGCCAAAGACUUUUUCGACUCAGAUCAAUUAUGCCGCCUACAGCCUCAUUUUGGUGAUAUUCAGAUUCCUGAUGGAAAACCCGAGUGGGCAAACGAGGUCAUACGUCUUCGUAAAGCUAUUUGGCCAGGCAACGAUCUACCAAAAUUGUCGUCAGAGGAGAUCGGGUCUCGUUUACGCGUUAUGAACAAAAUUCUCACGGGUCUUUCACCGAGAUGGAGAUUCCCUCUUGCGAUUUACUUUAUGACCCUGAUUGGCACGGAAACAGUAACAUCAGACCAAGGAGAUGCAGACGACAAUGUCUUCUUCGAAUACUUCCGAUCUGACCCUAUCCAUGAGGGACGGCAAGCCCUGCUACCUUCGGAUUUCAAUCUCCUCAAGCCAGAGAAACUACCGGAGAUGAAAAGAGUCAAAACUCUUGUUCUUGAAAUACACCAGUAUUACAACCUCAGACAGGCGCUAGACCACAUCAAGUUGACCGAGACAAGUUUGAAUGGAGUUGCUACGCGAGGCGGAAGUUCUUCUCACGACGAAGCUGAGCGAAAUGAGGUGCUGCUUCGUACUAGCCAACUUGUAUUGUCCAGGCUUCGCACAGUACAGAUGCUAUGUGAAAAGGUCAUCUUGGUUGCACCGGAAGAGGUACGGGGAGAGUCAUAA